UAAUGUAAUAUUUUAUAUACGGGAUUUAAUUAACAGUCUCAUCAAAGCUUGUAGUUACACUACCUUUAUCAACCCACAGCUCAAGGAUAUUUCUUCAUAUAUCGAACACAAGCCAAGUCUACGAAUCUGCAAAACAAAGUCAAAAUGAAUAUUCUUCUGUUUGUUUUUGCUGCCCUCAGCUUUAUUGCUAAGACUGAAGGUGUACCCAGUAUCGAAGACGUAAAAGCUGUUUGGAGCAGAUAUACUAAAAUUUCUGAUGGUGAUUCGCGAUACUAUGGAGAUUUUCCAACAGAUACAGCACUAGCCUGUGAACUAUCGCCYAUUCCACCUAUUAACAGUGCCCCAGGCUGGAUCAAGGUAGCAGCGRGUAGGGAGGACUUCCUCAAGUCCGUGGGAUGUGGAAUGUGCAUCGAAAUCACAGGGGACGGCACUCCAAUUUCACCUGCUCAUGUUGGUACUCCAGUCAAAGGCAAAUUAAAGGCAGUYAUAGUUGAUAUUUGUGGAGGAURCAAACAAGCUGGAUUCGACUUGUACAUACCUGGAGCUGGUGUUUACAAGACUAAGUUCAAAGCUAUCGAGUGCCCUUCUCUCUCUGGUCCAAAUGGAAAUAUCAAAUUUCGAUUUCGUGGAAGCAACCCCUGGUAUCUGAAGCUCCAAGUGCGAAAUACAAAAGUUGUUGCGGCUGGUUUGGAGAUUUUAAAAGAUAACAAAUGGAUCUGCAUGAAACGUGGUGGAAAUAAUCAUUUUAUUAUCAGUGGUCUCGGUCAAAUCAACUUCCCUAUAAAAGUGAGGUUAACGAGUAUUUCCAACGAACAACUCGAAACUACCAUUGACAAAUUGGAGAAUGAUGUUGAUAUCCCUUCCAAGAUUCAGUUUUCUGGAUUCACGGCUGAUGCAAGUCCUSAGGAUAUAAAAUGCUACGGUCAGGGGGGAGUCACCCAAGAUGCGAAGUCAACGCCGUCUGGCCAAAUUCCAAAAAAUGAAACAUCAGUCUCUCCAACCAAUAAGCCAGAGGAAGAGAAGACAACAGCAUCUACAUCUGCCCCAUCCACUGGAAGUGGAACUGCUACAAACAGCCCUUCACAAACACCAACAACACCACCGGCAUCUUCAUCUCAACCUGAAAGCACUACACAGAAACCUGGAAAGGGAACCACUACACAGGGAACCACAACGCAGAAACCUGGCGUAACUACGUAUACGCCAAAACCACCAGUAACACCAACUACUUCUCCAAGCGGGAAACCAACUACAUCGCCAAGGUUCUGCAUUGGGAAAAGGGAUGGCCAUUACCCAGAUAAAUUAAAGCCCUCAGGAUUUAUCAUUUGUGCCAAUGAAAGAACCUUUAAGAUGAAUUGCCCAAAAGGUCUCUUGUAUAAUGAAGAAAUACAAGUAUGUGAUUGGCCGAGAAACGUUAACAAGUCUUAAUAGUCGGCGUAAUAUGGAUAGCUAGAUAAAUGGUAAAAACGUUUCAUAUAUCUGAAACUCCAAAAGUCUAGCUAGCAUGAAUAAAUAUGGUUUAAUAGAUAAAUAAACAAAGGUAAAAAUGGUGAAAUAAAUAAACACAUAA